AUGGGGGGUGGACCGGGUCAUAUGGCCUCUGCUCUUCUCCCGGGUGUCCAGCUCGACUGUCCGCACUUGCCUUUGUCCGUCCUUGCUCUGUCCGCCCUUGCCUCUGUCCGCCCUUGCCUCUGUCCGCACUUGCCUCUGUCCGCACUUGCCUCUUCCCAUCCUUGCCUCUUCCCGUCCUUGCUCUGUCCGCCCUUGCCUCCUCCCGUCCUUGCUCUGUCCGCCCUUGCCUCUGCCCGUCCUUGCCUCUGUCUGCACUUGCCACUUCCCAUCCUUGCCUCUUCCCGUCCUUGCUCUGUCCGCCCUUGCCUCCUCCCGUCCUUGCUACGUCCGCCAUUGCUCUGUCCGCCCUUGCAUCUGCCCGUCAUUGCCUCUGUCCGCACUUGCCUCUUCCCUUUGCCUCGUCCCGUCCUUGCUAUGUCCGCCCUUGCCGAUGCCCGUCCUUGCCUCUGCGCCAGGCAGGCGGGACUGCUAACUCCUGGAGACGCGAGCUACUGGGUCUCUGGUGCCAACUUCACCGCGUCGGAGCAUGCCGCUGUCAUGAUGGUGCGGCCCUACCUUCUAGUGUAUGGUCUCUUACGAGUGCCCAAUGCACGUGACGGUUGUCAGAUGGCCUUUGCUGACUACGCGCUUCCUGUGUGGCAGAUUGUACCAUUCGUGCUGGAGGGGGAAGUUGCGGUCAUCUGUAGCCGCACGAUUGUCGCCUUUCUGGACUGGCACGAGACAUUCGUGCGGGCUGCGGAGCACACGGAUGAGAGUCUGAGUGCGUUCGACACUGCCACUCGCAGGAUGGUGCAGUUGGUGGAAAGCACCUUUCCACGCGAGCACUCUGGGUGGAACCUUGUGAAGGUGCACCUGCUGCUUCACCUUACUGAGGCGAUUCGAAGGGGGGGGCUGCCACGAGAGUACUCCGCGGCGGUGUACGAGAACGCACACAUCCGCACCUGCAAGAGGCCGUACCGACGGUCCAACCAUCGGGACGUGGGGCGUGUAAUUGCGCAGCACAACACCAACGCUGCUCUACUGACCCGUAUCCCAACCAACCUCGAGGGCGACCGCCAGUACAACACCGCGAUGCGCCGGGUAAGGACGCAUGUAAGGCUCCCUAAUGUCUGCUGUAAUUAUGCAUGUCGGGUCAUUCCGCCUUUGCCCCUGUCCGCCCUUUGCCUCUGUCCCCCCUUGCCUCUGUCCGCCCUUUGCCUCUGUCCGCCCUUUGCCUCUGUCCGCUCUUUGCCUCUGUCCGCUCUUUGCCUCUGUCCGCUCUUUGCCUCUGUCCGCUCUUUGCCUCUGUCCGCCCUUUGCCUCUGUCCGCCCUUUGCCUCUGUCCGCCCUUUGCCUCUGUCCGCCCUUUGCUUCUGUUCGCCCUUUGCCUCUGUCCGCCCUUUGCUUCUGUUUGCCCCUCGCCUCUGUCCGCCCUUUGACUCUGUCCGCACUUGCCCUUUGCCUCUGUCCGCGUGUUUUUUUGUCCGCUCUCGCCAUUUGCCUCUGUCCGCCCAUCGCCUCUGUCCGCCCUCGCCUCUGUCCGCCCUCGCCUCUGUCCGCCCUCGCCUCUGUCCGCCCUCGCCUCUGUCCGCCCUCGCCUCUGUCCGCCCUCGCCUCUGUCCGCCCUUGCCUCUGUCCGCCCUCGCCUCUGUCCGCCCUUUGCCUCUGUCCGCUCUUUGCCUCUGUCCGCUCUUUGCCUCUGUCCGCCCUUUGCCUCUGUCCGCCCUUUGCCUCUGUCCGCCCUUUGCCUCUGUCCGCCCUUUGCCUCCGUCCGCCCUUUGCCUCUUCAAACCCUUUGCCUCUGUCCGCCCUUUGGUUCUGUUUGCCCCUCGCCUCUGUCCGCCCUUUGCCUCUGUCCGCCCUUUGCCUCUGUCCGCCCUUUGCCUCUGUCCGCCCUUUGCCUCUGUCCGCCCUUUGCCUCCGUCCGCCCUUUGCCUCUUCAAACCCUUUGCCUCUGUCCGCCCUUUGCUUCUGUUUGCCCCUCGCCUCUGUCCGCCCUUUGACUCUGUCCGCACUUGCCCUUUGCCUCUGUCCGCGUGUUGUUUUGUCCGCCCUUUGACUCUGUCCGCCCUUUGCCUCUGUCCGCCCUUGCCGCAGUAA